AGCGCCGAUCGGCCUGGCUGCCUGACUGGCUGCCUCUGGGGAAGGGAAGGGAGGCCAUGGCGCUGCCCUGCCAGCGAGGCCUGCGCUGCUGCCGGCGGACCUUGGGCUGGCUGCCGGUGCUGGUCAUCGCCCUGGUGGCCCUCUGGUCCUACUACGCCUACGUCUUCGAGCUCUGCCUCGUGACUCUGACCAACUCCGUAGAAAAAGUGGCUUACCUUACCGUAUUCCAUGUGAUCUUCAUCCUCUUCAUUUGGACGUAUUGGAAGUCUAUAUUUACUCCUCCGCAGCAGCCAGACAAAAAGUUCCACAUGUCUUAUGCCGACAAGGAGCGCUACGAGAACGAAGAGAGACCCGAGGGGCAGAGGCAGAUACUGGCCGAAAUGGCACGGAAAUUGCCGGUGUACACGCGCACAGGGAACGGCGCCAUUCGGUUCUGCGACAGAUGCCAGCUCAUCAAACCGGACCGAUGCCAUCACUGUUCAGUUUGUGCAAUGUGUGUAUUAAAAAUGGAUCAUCAUUGCCCCUGGGUGAACAACUGCAUUGGAUUUUCUAACUACAAAUUCUUCCUACUGUUUUUAGCCUAUUCUUUGUUCUACUGCAUGUUCAUCGCUGCUACAGUCUUCAAGUAUUUCAUCAAGUACUGGACAGGGGAACUGGCUGGCGGGCGCUCCAAGUUCCAUGUCCUCUUCCUUCUUUUUGUAUCAAUCAUGUUUUUCGUAAGCCUCAUGUUCCUCUUUGGCUACCACUGCUGGCUUGUCAGUCAAAACCGGUCUACAUUGGAGGCUUUCUCGGCUCCAGUGUUUCCAAACGGUCCCGAUAAAAACGGAUUCAACCUUGGCUUGGUGAAAAAUCUCCAACAGGUGUUUGGGCAGGAAAAAAGACUCUGGUUCUUUCCCAUCGUAUCCAGUCAGGGAGACGGGCACUUUUUCCCAACAAGAAGUUUGAGCGAAGCGCGGAAUCCCUUGCUGGCGAAUGAAGAACAGUGGGAAGAGGAGGGGAUGGACGACGACAGCCAUGAUUACAACCAAGGUUCCUCUCUUUCGGUGGAAAUGGAGACGUAGCAGUUCCAGAAGGCUGAUGGCACAAAAUUCACUCCCAGCUUCCUUCUCUCAUCUGCUUCCUCCAAUGAUGGACACUUGCAGGGACUUCAAGAGAAAGGAAGAGCAUAGAAGAUGUUCAGGAAAGGAAGCAUUGUUGUCCAGCAUUAAUCCUGACUCUCUGAAAUGGUUCUUCAGGAUAUUUCCAUGGAUUCCUUCAUCUUUCUGAUUUUUAACCAGGCAGCUUUGGAGCGACUAACAAGGCCAUUCAUGGCUUCUUCUUUUUCUGCACAUUACCCAGGAGUGAAAAUUUAGUGCAAAUACAUUUCCAAGUGUCUUAAGGGCAGUUGUCUGAAUACCCCGGAUUUCAAGUUAUGCCUCAUCCUACCAAGAACAGUUCCACAACAAGGUGGUCGGCUGGGCUGCUGGAAGAAGUGCUCUUGAGCAAGAAUCAUGGUUGCCAAAAUCAAGAUUUGCUGGAAGACUUGGGUGAGUAUUCACUGCGGCGUUUGUAAGCAGUAUAUGACUCCCCGCCUUCCAAGUAUCUGCACUCAUGUUCUUAAUCACUAAUUCUGAUUCUGCAAAGAACACACCCUCUUUGGCACAAUAUGGUGAUUUUUAUGAGCCUUAAAGCACAGUUUUUGUGGCAGAUGCCUACGUUUUAAAGGAGCGGUUGCUGUCUGUAAUCCACCACUACAGCUUCAAAUCCUGGACAAGGAAUACAGCUGGGUACUUGGUGGAUUGGUCAAGCUGCUAUAGCAAGGUUUCUCUCCACAUCCAAAGUAGCAGUCCUGCAAAAGAGGGGGACUGGCUGCACCAACUUCCUGAUGCACUGAAGGGAAACUAUGAAGAAACAUUCAGUCACACGAACACAGGCUGAAGUAUACAGUCCAGUUUCACAGACAUUUAAAAUGGUCUGUAGAAAGAAAACAUGAUGAUCUUGUAAGUAAUGGUACUGGGAAUUGGUAUGUCUUGUCUUCAGUAUAAUAUAAAACCAAGCGUCUUUGCCUGCAUAUUUAACAGGCCUUCCGUUUAGUCACAGUGGAACCUGCUAGACCUCUUUUUUCCUUUUACAGCUCUUAACAUUUAAGACUGAGGACUCUGGCUGGUCUCAAAGUGGGGCCAAAUAAAACCUUUUUCCUGAGAGAUUUUUCUUGCCAUGAUCAGUAACAACGCACAAGUAGAGACUUGUUUUGGGGAAAGAAAACUGCUUCGUGGAGGCAGUACGCCCAAAUGAGAUUCCUUAAGAGACAUUGAAUUGUAGACUUAAAUGCGUCUGUUGCAGUGUUGUUUUCAAAUCCCUUGAAGAGCAACAGUUCUCUUUUGCAUAGCCAUGCUGAGAAGCUGGGACAAGAGAUUACAUUCCUUAUGCUGUCUCUUUCUUAUGGGACUUGAAAUUUGCUGUCCUCAAAAAGGGGUUAAACUGUUAGGAAAGGUUAACUUGCUCAUUUUACUUAAGGUGGGGAGAGGAAAAACCAGAGCUUUUCCACUUUUAAACGCAUUGAAACGCACAAUAUUGUGACUUUUAGGCAUUACUGGUUUCAGUGGGAAUUCUUUUUGUUUCCAUUUGCCAGGAUUAAAUGCUGUGUAUUGUUGUUGGUAUGUUGAUCUCUGGCCUGUGCAUCACUGCUGCGAUGUAUAUUUGAUGCAGAAUAGACAUUGGUAUAGUUGUGUGUUCUGAUCCAAACAAGUACAGUUGCAGCACUGUAAGUUGUAAACCAAUCCCCCCUUUUACUCGACUGAUGGACUUUAUUAUUAUUAUUUUAAACAAGUCAGCAAACCCAGCUCUGCCCAUGGAGCCCAGCCUUAUCAAAUAGCAAAAAGGUAACGAAGUUAAAUGGGGAAUAUGGGAAAUAGUUUUAAAGCUGUCAUUAAUAUAUACAUUCAGACCAAGAGGAGUUUUAUUGGGAUCGGUAUACCAGCUGCUGAGAAACCCAAGCGUGCAUUUGCUCACACUGUUGGCAAGCUUUUUAUAGGCAACUAGAGAAGCAAUGUGUAAACACAGAAUGCCAAAGCGGAGAGACUUUGAUCAGACCCACCCCAGUGUGGUUGUUCAUGUGCUCUUUCAAGGAGCAUGAUGGCAAUACAGACACAGCACUGGAGCUCUGUGGCAUAAAACUGAGUAAACAGAGCAGGUGGGAGAGCUUCAACCCCAUUAAUUUCCCGUGAAAGCCAAUACAGAAUAUCAUCACACGCAUGCCAGGUGCUCGGUUCUGGCUAGCCACUUGAGAUCAUAGUGAUGGCUACUGUUGCUGUCCUGACAGUUGGUGCUACAGUAGGUAAAAUCUAUGGGAUAUUGUCCCCAUCAAAUACAUGGUACAGGUUGAAGAGCGCAAUUUUUGUACUUGUUAUAGUAUUGCAAACAUGAGGUACGUGUAAUCCCAGAAACAUGAGGUAUGUGUAAUGAUUCUUCUUUUCUAAACACCUCCCCCUCAAGUGUGUAUGGGGAAAGCUACACUAAGAGCUACAACAACCACUUUGUCCCUUUCUCCCCAGUCUUUGUGCAGAUCUACUACCUAGAUCCCUCCAUCUCAUUCUCCUGUAAACAACCAGCAGUAACUGCCCCUGGGCAGGACUUGGGAUAUGGGUAUCAGAGUGCUUUGGGUGGCUCUUCCACACUGCAUUAAAACAAACCCAUACACACUGAGAGGGAGACCAGUUGUUUGAAGUUGGUGUCCUCUCCCUUCCCCCUGCCCUUGGGUCAAUUGACUUUCUAGGUGUCUAGGGUGCAAACUACUGAAACUAAUCUACUUGAAGAUUGUCUCGAUUUUAUGAAGGUGUUCAAAUAUGUCAAGCGGCAAAUGACAGCUUGGUAAUGAGUGAUGGGAGGAUGGUACAUUUCUUUGUGUCUGUCUUUAAAAUUGUUUGUGCAUGCUGAUAGCAACGUUGUACUGGCACAUAAGAGGACGUGGUGACUUGCUUCCCCUCAAGUCAGUUUUGAAUAAAAUAUCAUGGCAGGAUUAAAUGUGACAGAUGAUUAAAUGCCACAUGCCACCUUAAAACAUUGCGGGUGACUUUUCUUUUUUAAUUUGGGUUAAGUCAGUAUAAUGAGAGAUUUCAGUUUUUCUUCUGGUCUUUUUCAGAGGGUCUCAACUGGCUUCCUGUUAAGAGCAAGUAUUCCAUUUUGCCCUUUUAAUUCAUAUAGGGGGGACAUUAUUGGAAAGGUGUAACUAUAGAUAUAAACAUACCCUGAGAAGUUUUCAUGUACUCUUUGCUCUUGAUCAACUGAAUAGCUCAGUUGGAUUGUUUCUAUAACACAUAUUGGUAUGGUUCGUUUUUAAAAAUAUUGUUCACGUCAUCAAUAUAUUUGUACUACAGCAUAUUUUAUUGAUGAGAACUUGUUUUAUUAGCAGCUCUUGAAAGUGGCAGCUUACAGCAUGGUCCUUAUCCUACGUCUGACAUUAUUCAUUUCAUUUUUUAUAACCAUUGGUGCAAAGUUGGGUCCAUUAAUUUUCUAUUUCCAAAUAUUUCAUUGACUAUUACAACUGUUUCCAUGCUCUAGUUUUGUGUUUCUUUUGUCUGAUCAAUGCCUAAUUAUUUAACUGAUGGUACUUCAGAGGUUUUUACACAAGAGGACAUGUUUGAAAUGUUAAGGAUCAUUGAACACUAAGGUUCCUUGGGCACACUAAUAUUCAGCAUUUUAAUCAAUGUAGAAAGUUCCAGCUAAACCCUCUUGAAUGUUGAAUUAUAUCAUCAUCUCAGGUUUUCCACUUUAAAGAAGUGUACGUUCCUGCUUUUGUAACAUGGAAAAGCAUGGGAAAAUUUUGGAAUAAAAAGUUUUACAUCAAG